CUGCGGAAGCGCCCGCGGCUGGCUGCGGCUCUGCGGAGGCGGCGUCCCGGGGCGCGGCGGGAGGCGAGCCAUGGCCGAGGCGGCCGGCCUGAUGGGCCAGAGGAUCGUCUGGGUGGACCUGGAGUCCGGUCUCACCAAGGCAGUGAAGGAGAGCACGGUCUCCCUGCGCCAAGCAGAGUACGAGUUUCUGUCCUUCAUCCGACAACAGACUCCGCCGGGGGUCUGCCCUCUCGCAGGAAACUCUGUUCAUGCCGACAAGAAGUUUCUUGACAAGCACAUGCCACAGUUCAUGAAGCACCUGCAUUACCGGAUCAUCGACGUCAGCACCGUGAAGGAACUCUGCAGGCGCUGGUAUCCUGAGGACUACGAGGCCGCUCCCAAGAAGUCUGCUGCUCACAGGGCCCUGGAUGACAUCCGGGAGAGCAUCAAAGAGCUGCAUUUCUACAGGAAUCACAUCUUCAAAAGGAGAACAGACGAAAAGAAAAGGAAACUGUUGGAAAACGGGGAAAGCGAACAGCCUCUUAGUUGAUCCCGCAUCCCGAUCCUUUAGGAAAACCUCCAGAGCCCAGGGCAGUCUUCCUGCUGAAGAAAAGAACCUCCUUUCAGCUCCCUUGCUUUCUCAGAAGGGCGACGUGACAGGAUCCCGGGGUGUGAGAGGCAUUUCAAGGCCUGCCUCAGUUGAGAAGUAGAGAAUACUUGCAGUCCUUGGAGAAUGGCUUCCAUUUGGCCCCAAACACCCCUCAAUUGUUUUAGAAUUAAAAUCAAACCGCUCUGCAAAA